AUGGGGCAAGGUUUGGAGGGAAGGUGUGCAGAGCACAGCGGAGAAAGCGUGUGAAAGGGAGAGGGGAGAGAGUAAACAGUCGACGCCUUUUCAGGGACAGAGUCGUAUGAUUCGAAGAUCCAAGGGGGAGCUAUAAACCCAACUUAGAAAUCCUGAAAGGAACUCGGAAGAAAAAAGAGAAAAAGAAGAGAAUUUCUAGAGGGAGGGAGAGAGAAAGAGAAAAAAUGGGGGAGGGAGGGUGAGAGGAAGGAGGGAUUGCUUGUUUCGGUUCCAACGGCCGACUUAACAACCUCUUCCCAACUGGAUGGUUGGCCGCCAACUCGAUUUCCUGCGUUGUUUUGGGAAAGGUCAACAAUUCUCUCUCUUUCUCUCUCCCUCUCCCUCUCUCUCUCUCUCUCUCUCUCUCUCUCCGGGCUCCAACCCAUCAUAUGCCUCAUUGGUAUCUAUCUUGGUGUUUCUUUCUUCGAUUAUUUUCAUAAUCAAGAAAAGAAAACCCAAUCCCCACAAAACCAAGAAAACCUAUUAGCUCUUCUAGACUCGUCAAGAGAGGCCUGCAUCAUCGUCCGUGUUCUCCUCUCGUUCUUCAUCUUCUCGAUGAUGCAGGCUUCGCCUCAAUGAUCUCUUCUUAUAAUUUAUUUUUUGAAGAAAUUUUAUGGUCUUUCGAUUGCUUCCAGACCAUUGGCUUGUUUGGUUUCGGUUUUCCUUCUUCUUAUUUGAAAAUUUGAUUGUUUGAAGAUCUUGUUGGUUUUAUUGAUUUGAUGGUCUUGCGGAGUUGAGGUUUCUUGGUCUUAAUGGGGAGUUGAUGAAGCGGGUAACGCAGUUGGUUUCUAGGGCUGAUGUGAGCAUUUCUUUGAGAGGGAAGAGAGAUAUAGAGGGUGGUGCGGGAGGGGGCAGGUUGUGAUCGGAAAAGGGGUCGGGCGGAGAUGCAGCACAAUUUCCUUACGACGAUGAAGAGCCUGAAAUUGGCGGAUGGGUGCAAGGGCAGCCAGGUUUAUGCCGUGAAUCCUGGUGACAAAGUUCAGCAAGAGCCGCGGGCAAGCUCUGUCAGAUGGAAAUCUAGCCAUCAUCGUAGCCUUUCUACAGCGGAUUCUUAUCUUCCUUACGGUUUGCCUAUUGCAGACCUGUUGGAACCACCCAUCGAGCCCCAUUUGAAAUUUGUGGAUUUUGUGGAGACAUUAGCUAGCGUUUAUGAAAAGCUCGAGAAUGCAUCAGACGAUGAAAGGUGUGAUUUGUAUAUAGAGCAAUCUAUCGUCUUGAGAGGCAUGUCAGAUCCCAAAUUGCUCAGGCGCAGCUUGCGAUCGGCACGUCAACAUGCGAUUGAUCCUCACAGGAAGGUCGUCCUUGCUGCUUGGUUGAAGUAUGAGAGGCGGGAGGAUGAGCUAGAUGGUGCACUGUCUAUGAACUGCAGCGGAAGAAUGAUAGAAUGCCCAAAGGCCGCUUUAGUUGAAGGCUAUGAUCCAGGCAGUGUGUUUGAUCCCUGCAAUUGUAGAAGACCGCCACUGAAAGCAAAACAGGAGGCGGACCAUUAUUUGGAUGAAGAUGUUGGUACGAGCAAAGUAUCGGAUGUUACAGAGGAAUUUGAGGAAGAGGAUGAAUGCUCAACUUCUGAUUUUGAAGGGGAUUACGUCUACUUUUGUAUUGGAGACGAAGAAAUCCGUUGUGUUCGUAGAAAGAUAGCAGCACUCUCGAUACCUUUACAUGCUAUGCUUUAUGGUUGCUUUAGAGAGUCGUGUAGGGAAAAGAUCAACUUUUCACACAAUGAGAUAUCUGCAAGUGCUAUGAAAGCUGUAGAUAGAUUCAGUAGAACAGGCAAUUUAGAUCAUUUUAGCCCAAAUAUCGUACUCAGCCUCCUAAACUUUUCAAAUAAGUUUUGUUGUGAGCGGAUGAAAUCAGCAUGUGACAGAUAUCUGGCUUCUCUUGUAUCUACUAUUGAAGAUGCUCUGAUAUUUGUAGAAUAUGGUUUGGAAGAAACCGCAUAUUUGCUUGUUGCAUCCUGCUUGCAGGUAUUCUUACGAGAACUUCCAAGGUCUCUGCAAAAUCCAGAUGUAAGGGAACUGCUCUGUAGCUCAGAUGGCAGGAAAAGGUUAGAGAUGGUAUCCCAUUCUUCCUUUGCUUUAUACUAUCUCUUGAGCCAGGUAGCUCUGGAGGAGGAUAAUCAAUCCAACACUACAGUUAUGCUUCUGGAGAGGCUAGGAGAAUGUGCCACAUCGCAGUGGCAGAAGGAGCUUGCCCUGCACCAGCUAGGUUGUGUCAUGCUUGAAAGAAAAGAAUAUAAAGAUGCUCAAAACUGGUUCGAAGCUGCAGCUGAAGUUGGACAUGUUUACUCCUUGGCUGGUGCUGCAAGAGCAAAAUUUAAGAGAGGUCACAAGUAUUCUGCAUAUAAGCAGACUAACAGCCUUAUCUCCACCAUUAAUUUGUCACAUAAAUCGCUGUCAUCAGCGAUUGGAUGGAUGUACCAAGAAAGGUCUCUCUAUUGCAUCGGCAAGGAGAAAAUAACAGACUUAAAUACAGCCACUGAACUGGAUCCUACUCUUUCAUACCCGUACAAAUACAGAGCAGUAGCCCUGAUGGAUGAUAAUAAAACCUAUGAAGCUAUCACGGAGAUCAACAGGAUUCUGGGGUUUAAGGUUUCUCCUGACUGCCUUGAACUGCGAGCGUGGUUCUACCUUUCUCUUGAAGAUUAUGAGUCUGCCUUACGUGAUAUCAGAGCACUUCUUACUCUGGACCCUGAAUACCUUCUCUUCCAUGGGCAAAUUCGUGCAGAUCAGUUAGUUGAUCUUCUCAAUUAUCGUGUUCAACAAUGGAGCUUAGCUGAUUGCUGGAUGCAACUAUAUGACCGAUGGUCUUCUGUUGAUGAUAUUGGAUCGCUCGCUGUGGUUCAUCAAAUGCUUGAGAAUAACCCUGGAAAAAGUCUCCUCAGGUUUCGGCAGUCUCUCCUUCUUUUGCGGUUGAAUUGUCAGAAAGCAGCAAUGCGCAGUUUGCGGUUGGCUCGUAACAAUUCAAGCUCCGAGCAUGAAAGACUUGUCUAUGAGGGUUGGAUUUUGUAUGACACUGGCUAUCGUGAAGAGGCACUGGCUAAGGCAGAGGAAUCUAUUUCAAUCCAGAGAUCAUUUGAAGCCUUUUUCCUCAAGGCAUAUGCUCUAGCAGAUACAAAUUUAGACCCUGUAUCAUCAUCCACCGUUAUCCAGCUGCUUGAGGAAGCUCUUAAAUGUCCAUCCGAUGGACUUCGAAAAGGACAGGCACUGAACAACCUUGGAAGUGUCUAUGUGGACUGUGAAAAUCUGGAACUUGCUGCAAACUGCUACAUAAAUGCUCUUAAUAUCAGACAUACUAGAGCACACCAGGGUCUUGCACGUGUAUACCAUCUUAAAAAUGAAAGAAAAGCAGCUUACGAUGAGAUGACCAAACUCAUAGAGAAAGCAAGAAAUAAUGCAUCGGCAUAUGAAAAACGUUCUGAGUAUUGUGAUCGGGAUUCAGCAAAGCGUGACCUAAGUAUGGCUACACUGCUGGAUCCAUUAAGGACAUAUCCUUACAGAUAUAGAGCUGCAGUUUUAAUGGAUGACCGUAAGGAAGUAGAGGCAAUAGCAGAACUUUCUAAGGCAAUCGCAUUCAAGCCUGACCUACAGCUGCUGCACCUGCGAGCAGCGUUUCAUGAAUCAAUGGGGGAAAUUGCUGCUGCUACACGUGAUUGUCGUGCAGCCUUUUGUCUUGAUCCUAAUCAUGCUGAUACAGUUGAAUUGUACAAUAAAGUCUGUUGCCGAACAUGAAAUGCCCAAAUAAUUUAUUGGUGUUGUCUGGGCAAUAUGAUUGACACUACAUUCACCAAAUGAAAAUGGUAUCAUCAGGGGUGUGUUAAGCACUUCAGCUUGCUUUGUGCAUAAAAUCAGCGGGACUGAAGCCUGGGAGCGUUGAUGCCACCAUUUUCAGAUCAGAUAUGCUUGAGCUAGUCAAAAUUGCUGCCCUAUCAGUUCUUGGUGAUGGCAGAAAGUUUCAGAUUAAAAUGACUGGCCUUUUAAAGAUGUUGACCAUGGUGGUAGACUUGAUAUUGAUCAAAACGGCAAUGAUGGCAGAUAACAAGCAUGAACAUGGUGAUAGAGAUGGUGGAAGCAAAGAUGUUCAAUGUUGACUAUGGUGCAUUAAGCUGCGCCUGUAUAUUUUUUCUUCCUCUACAUUAUUCCUUAAAUGUUUGAAAAUUUUCCAUGACAUGGUCGAAAACUGAUAAUCUGAUAAUUGUUUGUCCAAGUGUGUUUCUUGGACUAUCAUAA